AUGAGUUUCCCUCCAGAUUUCGCAUUUUUCUCACAAGAAGAGAGGCUACAAUUACUCAGUGGAAACUGUCCUUGUCAUUUAACAAAGCCUAGGCUGAGAACGUGGCUUUCAUACCGUGUAGGAACAGCAAAAGAUGGUAGUACUUCGAGUGACGCCAACAAACGUGAACUAAUGCACAGAAUUGUGAGUUACAUAAAAAAUGGAUGGGAAAACAAUUUCACCGAAAGUAGCAAACACUUAGCAACUGACUCAAGAUAUAAUGAUGAUGUUUCCUCGUCCAGCACGAGUUCUCCGAACACUCCGUACGAGUUUCCACAAGCUGCAAACUGGUGUCCCAUCCAGAGUGCUGAAUUUCCACCGUUCACAAUUGAGAACAUGAUGAAUUACUUUAUUGAGAGAAAAUCGGGAGAUAAUGAAGGCAAUAAAGACUAUAAAAAUUUGAAUAGUAAGGCUUUUGGACUAUUCAGACAUGGUCACGUACAAAAUAUCGAAGUUGGCACGAGUGAAAAUGGAGACGUGAUCCAUGUAGAAGGUGAAUGUCUGCCAGAGAUGAAAAAGAAUUUGAAGUACAAGCUCAAUGUUACCAUGAUCAAUUCAGGAGAGCAAGCUGGUUUGCUGUUACACUGUGCUGGCAGUGAAGUGCAAGAAUUAUUCGAAACCCUGCAAGAUCCAGGACCGCCGGCAGAUGCAGGUGAAGACAAUGCUGACGUAUAUCAGAAAGCCCUACGCACACUUGAUGCUCAUUUUAGCGCCCGGUUAAAUGAGCCAUACGAAAGACACGUCUGCAGAAAUCUCAAACAGGAGGGAGGAGAGACGGUCGAUCAGUUUAUUACUCGGUUACGACACCAAGCGGAAAAUUGUAAUUGGGAUAAUGCAGACGAGCCGAUUCGCGAUCAGGUCAUCGAUAAGUGCAGAUCAGACGACUUGCGACGGAAACUAUUGUUAAAGGGAACUCAUCUAACUCUGGAAAAGGUACAAGAAAUCGCUCGAUCUUUUGAAGCAGUAGAUAUUCAUUUGAAAACGAUGACUGGUGUGGAAGAUGAUCGUCAACAAGUUAACCGUAUCGAACGUGGAGAAACCGCUGUCCAGUUCAAAGGAAGAGAAACGAAAGCCAAAUGUUAUCUUUGUAACAGAGAAGGUCAUUUCAGUCGUGACAGUUGUUGUCCAGCAAGAAAUGCCGAGUGUCAGAGAUGUCACAAGAUAGGACAUUUUGCGAAGGUUUGCCAAACCAAAACUGUCACCAGAAACAAAAGAUUUUCUCCACGAGAUGUGCCAGACAAAAGGAGAUCGAAUGUGAACUCGAUUGAUCAUGACAACUUGAGAGUUGAGAGCGACGAUGACGAGUACGCAUUCACUGUGGGCAGAGGAACUACAGGUGGGAUGAUAAAUGUGUUAGUUGGAGGGAUUUCUGUGCGAAUGCUUAUUGACUCUGGGGCAAGCACUAAUGUGACUGAUAAAGGAACAUGGGAGGAGCUGAAAUCCCAGAAGAUUGAAUGCAAAUCCUAUAGGUGCAAAAAGAAGUUGUAUGCUUAUGGGAGUAGUGUGCCUUUAAAAGUUAUCAGUUGUUUCGAAGCAAGAGUAGUCCUGGCUGACAUAGUUUGUGAGGCAGAGUUUGUAGUGAUUGAUAGGACAGGACAACCCCUGUUGGAGAGAGGUACAGCAAUCAAGCUUGGAGUGCUUCAGAUAGGAAGUUCCAUAAACUCUGUAAGCAGUGACAUUAUAGAAGAAUUCAAAGAUUGUUUUACAGGAGUAGGAAAGCUAAAAGGAUAUCAGCUUAAGUUGCACAUAAAAGAGAAUGUGGCACCUGAGGUUCAGCCUCUGCGCAGACCACCAUUCAAUCUUAGAGACAAAAUCGAGAAAAAAUUAGACGAACGGGAGAACAUGGACAUCAUUGAGAAAAUAAACAGUCCAUCUCAGUGGGUCAGCCAUGUAGUUGUAGUCCCAAAAGCCAAUGGGGAAGUGAGACUUUGUGUAGACAUGAGACAAGCAAAUUGUGCGGUACAACGUGAACGAUACCCCAUUCCAACCAUUGAUGAAGUACUUCAAGACAUGAACAAUAGUAAAGUGUUCAGCAAGCUGGACUUAAGAUGGGGGUACCAUCAAAUUGAAUUAUCUGAAGAAUCCCGUGAGAUUACCACAUUCAUCACACACAAAGGUCUGUACCGAUAUAAAAGAUUGAUGUUUGGGAUAUCAGCAGCUCCGGAGAAAUACCAGCAGCGUUUCAGUUCUUCAGCGGAGGGUAUUGAAGGGGUACACAAUAUCUCAGAUGAUAUUAUAGUGCAUGGUGCAACACAUGACCAGCAUGAUGAACGUCUGCGAAAAGUGAUGAUGCGUGUACGUGAAUGUGGCCUUACCCUCAACUUAGAAAAGUGCCAAUUCUCCAUGAGUCAGUUGACAUUCAUGGGCCAUGUCCUGUCAAGUCGAGGAGUGGGUGUGGCCGUUGGCAAAGUGAAGGCAGUAGUCGAAGCAAGAGAGCCAGAAUCGGUCUCAGAAGUCAGGUCAUUCUUAGGUCUAGUAAAUUACAGUGCAAGGUUUAUUCCAAAUCUUGUGACACUUUCAGAGCCACUGCGAAGACUGAUAAAGAAGGAUGUGUUCCAAUGGGGAUCAGAGCAAGAAGCAGCAUUUCAGAAGCUGAAAAAUGAACUGGUUCGAGCAGAGGUUCUUGGAUAUUACGACAAAGAUGCUGAGACUCGUGUAAUCACUGAUGCAAGUCCUGUGGGUUUGGGCACCGUUCUUGCUCAGAAGCAGCAAGGAGAGUUCAGGGUCAUCAUGUAUGCUAGUCGAAGUCUAACGGAUGCGGAACGCAGAUACAGCCAGACAGAGCGCGAGGCGCUGGCGAUUGUAUGGGCUUGUGAACGGUUCCACACUUACCUAUAUGGGAUCAGGUUUCACCUUGUAACCGAAAAGCUUUUUGACAAGCCUUUGGAGUGUUUGUACUCAAAGAAGUCGAGACCCCCUGCCCGCAUUGAGCGCUGGGUACUGCGUAUGCAAGUUUUUGAUUACAACAUUGAAUACAAGCCUGGUAGCGAGAACAUAGCAGAUUCCCUGUCUCGACUGAGCUGUUACCACAGUCUGGACGAGGAGAAAACGAGGAACAUUGCAGAAGAAUAUGUACGGUUUAUAGCGCAGACAGCCACCCCAAAAGCCAUGACAACACGAGAAGUAGAAGAACAUUCCCACGGUGAUGCUGAACUGAGUGAAGUAAGGCGAUGCAUUCGUGAAAGUGUCUGGAACAACAAAGAAUGUGUUAAAUAUAUUCCAGUAAAAGACGAACUGUGUGCCAUCGGCAAAGUCGUUUUGCGUGGAACUCGCAUUGUUACUCCCCAAACUCUGAGACAGCAAGUACUAGCUAUUGCACACGAAGGACAUGUUGGAAUUGUUGCUACGAAACUGAGGCUGAGGACUAAAGUGUGGUGGCCCGGUAUCGACAAAGACGCUGAACAAUAUGUAAGGUCGUGUCAUGGAUGUCAACUAGUUGGACAAACAACUCCACCGAAGCCUUUGAUGCCUACUGAGCUGCCGCUUGGCAAAUGGCAGGACUUAUCCUUGGAUCUCCUGGGACCGAUACCAACAGGAGAGUACCUGCUUGUUCUCAUUGACUAUUAUUCUAGGUACUAUGAAGUGGAGAUCUUGAUGUCAGUUACUGCAUCCCAGAUUAUCUCACGCCUCGAGACGAUAUUCGCUGUUCAUGGCCUCCCAGUAACCAUAACGAGCGACAACGGACCACAAUUCCGGUCAGAAGAGUUUGAGAAUUUUCUUGUUGAUAAUGGUAUCUUACACCGCAAGGUUACGCCAGAAUGGGCACAGGCAAAUGGCGAAGUAGAGCGUCAAAACCGAAGCCUACUCAAGAGCAUGAGAAUUGCACAAGCAGAAGGAAAAAACUGGAGGAAAGAGCUCGUUCAUUACCUCGCUACAUGCAGAACAACGCCGCACACCAUCACAGGAGUUUCCCCUGCGGAGUUAUUAUUUGGUCGGAAGAUCCGCACAAAGAUGCCUGAGUUGCGCGAAACUACCGUAAAUGAUGAUGAGCUACGAGAUCGCGACUGGGAAAAGAAAAUAAAGGCGAAGAUAUAUGCAGAUCAACGAAGGUGUGCUCAGCCCAAUGAACUUCAGACUGGUGACCAAGUGCUUCUAAAGAAGAAAAAGUCAAACAAGUUGUCAGCCAAUUUUGAAAGUGAACCUUGUGAAAUCAUUAAAAAGAAGGGCAAUAGUGUUAUGGUACAGUCACCUUAG